AUGGACCAUUACUGGGACGUAGUUGAGAUAAAUUCCAAUCGCCUACUCCCCUCUGGUUUAGUCCAGUCUAACACAACACUUGGUCCCGUCUUAUCAGGAUUGCAGUCGUCAUCGAGUUCCACUGUAGUUCAUAGUUCAGAGUCAGCAUCAGCUCCGCCCGACGUUGAAUCCAUCAACGAAACGGAGCGCAUAGUACGUCAACUUCUCGGGCUUGAAACACUAGCCAUGAAGGACGAAGUGGACGAGACAGAUGCUGACAUAGUCCAGCACUUUUAUAACACACGCGUCAAGUACGAUAUGGCAAUUUUUUCAGAUGCAUCACAAAGGGCAUAUGCCGCAGCCGCAUACCUGGUAUGCAGGCCCCCGCAUAUGAAACCUUUCAGCAACUUGAUCUUCUCCAAGACCAAGUUAGCCACACCUGGAAAAAUUACCAUACCAAGGCUCGAGCUACUAGGCAUAACCCUAGCCACUAAAAUAGUUCAGUUUCUAAUACAGCAACUAACCAUAACACCUAGUUCAGUUCAACUGCUGACCGAUUCGCAGAUAGCGUUGUAUUGGAUUCACUCCAAUAAGCAGUUGAAAACAUUCACUAACAAUAGGGUUAGAGCCAUAAAAGAAGUACUUGAUGAACUUACCAAAGCCGGAGGCCGAGGCGGAGUUAAAUCUACGACGGCAGUAACAACGCAGUUAUAUAGUUCGUUUAUUCCAUUUAAAUCCACUAACUCAUACUCCAGACUACUUCGAAUCACGAGCUACGUACUAAAAUAUCUUGCAAACCUCAGAGCUAAAAUAAAAAGAAAGCCGAAAGCCAAACUCUCUAGUUCAGCAUUGUUAGAUCAGGUCUCAACAGCGACCUUAGUGAACCCGCGCGACUCUGAAGCAGCUAGACUCCUCUUACUUCGCGAACACUAUCGCGAGGGAGCAGCACAGCUUCAAAGCCAUGCGAAGGUAUUCCAGUUAAUCGAAGACAACGGCAUAUACAAGGUACAUUUACGGAUGGCGAACGCUGAAGUAGAUGCGUUAUCAAAAACACCAAUACUUCUACUUCAGAAGCAUCCGCUCACAAGGCUGAUAAUUCUCGAUUACCAUCAAAAACUCUUUCAUGCGGGCUCAGCCCAUCUCACAGCAGCCUUGCGGAAUGACUAUAUCAUACCAAAGAUUCGCCGUCUUGUAAACAGCGUAAUAUCAAAAUGUGUCACCGUCGACGUUUGGGCACUCCAAACCCUUAUGACGGAGAUAGAGGCAACACUGAAUACGAGACCCAUAACACCUGUACUAACAGGGUCAUACGAUCAAAUCUUCGUGUUGCGUCCUAUCGACCUCAUAAACCCACAAUUCCAUCUGGCCAACCUUAGUCCAGCUAAUACUCGCGUAACUUCUAACGAUCAGCUAACUAGUUCAGACUCGCACGAACACCUAAUAACUUACUAUACAGUUCUGCGAGACCUCCUCGAACGCUUUUGGGAUUCCUGGCACAAAGAGUAUCUCCAAAGCCUAGCCGAAAAGUGCCAAAAGACUACCGCUCCCAAACAAGGUGCAGCGAGUCCACCCAAAGUUGGAGAUGUAGUACUAGUAAAAGACGAAAACGCAUCUCGAACUAAUUGGCCACUAGGCCUUAUUACGGAGAUCAUUAGUUCAGCAGAUGGGUCACCAAGAUCCGUCAAACUCAAAGUAGGAACAGGUAAGAUCCUAAAGCGUUCCCUCAAUCAGCUGAUCCCACUAGAAGUUUCAGCGAAUAGUUCAGAUUCCUUAGCGGCAAAGAAAAAACAAGAGUCACAACCGACUCGCAUACAACCGCAAAGGAAAACGAAAGCCUCAACGGCGAAUAUAACACAAUUCACAAAUAGUUCAUAUGAUUUACUUACCUCUGUACUAACGAACUUCCUACUUCCAUCUCACUUCUGCACUAAUCUGCCUGCAAUAAACACUAACACGCGACCCUAG